AAGGGAGAAAAUUAAUGUCGAAAAAGUUAAAAGCGGUAAAAAUUAUGAGUAGAUUCUUGUCUCCAUGGUUACCAUAAUUCCACUGCAAAGAGUUUUCACAUACUUUGAGGGUUUUUUACCAGGCAGAUACGUACACUAUAUAGAGAGAGAGAGAGAGACAAAGAAAGUGCUGGUUUCUCUCUCUACUCUCUACCCUGGUUCUCGAUUUGGAUUGACAGAGUCAGCGGCACCACUACUAUACUACUUUUAAGGUGAAUAAACUGUUCUUGAUUAGCUUCAGAGAUCCCUGUGGGUUGAGAGAUGACCCCACGCUACCCCACUCCAUGGAAGAUUUUCUCCACUCCAUAUGUUCAUUUCUACUCUUGUAGAUAUAAAGAUACAAACAUGUAUAUAUACUAGCUCUCUUUUUCUUUUUCUUUUUUCCCUUUUUUUCUUCGUGGUUUUUUCCCAUCCAACUCAUCAUCAUAUGAUUGACAAUCUCACUUCUCUCUCUUCAUCUGUCUUGUGUUCUUGUUGAACUGAAAGAGACAUAAAAAUCUUUUCUUUUUAUUUCAUAGAUCCAAGUCAUCAUCUUAAUCUCUAGUACUGUAUUAGUCAGCUGGAUUAGUUGUGGAUUGACACUGGUAAUUUUUUGGUGGAAGCCUGGUGUAAGAGCAGGCUCGAUUAUCAGUAUCCCGAUUUACUGAUUAAGGGUGGCUUUUAUUAACGAGAAUUUGAAGGUUGUUUAUUUGAUUAGCUCAUGAAGUAGAAAUCUUCAUAGACACAAUGGGUGGACUUUGCUUGAGAAGGUCCACCGAUGAUGGUGCAUUGGCUGGUACAUUCCCGCAUGUCAAUGGGCACUUCAGUUAUGGUUCUGGAUUAGUUUAUCAGUCUAGUGGGUUUGAUGUACGAGAAAAUAGCAGUUCGGUGGAAGCCCCAUCUAAGGUAUCUACAGAUAAGCAACUGAGAGAACCGAUUUCAUUCCCUGAGCUGAAUGCUAUUUCUCAUGCCACAAACAUUGAUGAUAUCAACGAUGGAAUCCCUCGUUUGUCUCGGGCUUUAUCGAAUAAAUCUAGAUCAACAAGGUCAAAGCAAGUGGCAAUUGCAAAGGUGUCUGAAGUGAGUUCACUGUUGGGCAGAGUGGGUACCACUGGGAUUGGGAAAGCAGUGGAUGUGUUGGAUACACUUGGUAGUAGCAUGACUAAUUUGAACCUCAGCAGUGGAUUUGCAGCUGGGAUGGCUACAAAAGGGAUUAAAAUCUCGAUUUUGGCAUUUGAAGUUGCAAAUACAAUUGUCAAAGGUGUCAAUUUGAUACACUCCCUUUCAAAGGAUAACACUAGACAUUUAAAGGAGGUGGUACUCCCUUCUGAAGGCGUGCAAAGCUUAAUAUCAAAAGAUUUGGAUGAACUCCAGAGAAUUGCAGCAGCUGACAAGAGGGAUGAAUUGAAAGUCUUUUCGGGAGAAGUAGUCCGCUUUGGAAAUCGUUGUAAAGAUCCUCAGUGGCACCACUUGGACCGUUAUUUUGAGAAGUUGGAAUUUGAUUUCAUACCACAUAAACAAUUGAAAGAAGAAGCUGAAACGGUGAUACAACAAUUGAUGACUUUUGUUCAGUACACUGCUGAGCUGUACCAUGAAAUGCAUGCAUUAGACAGAUUCGAGCAAGACUAUCGCCAUAAGGUUCAAGAAGAGGAUAACUCGAAUACUUCACAGAAAGGUGACAGCCUUGCAAUAUUGCGGGCAGAACUGAAGAAUCAAAAGAAACAUGUAAAGAGUCUGAAAAAGAAAUCCCUCUGGUCCAGGAUUUUGGAGGAGGUAAUGGAGAAGCUUGUAGACAUCGUCCAUUUUCUAAAUUUGGAGAUCCGUAUGGCAUUUGGUAGCUCUGAUGGAGAUAGGCCAAUAAAAAACCACCAGCAGAAGUUGGGAUCUGCUGGCCUUGCACUGCACUAUGCAACUAUCAUUACCCAAAUAGAUACACUGGUAACCCGAUCAAGUUCGGUGCCACCAAGUACAAGAGAUGCUUUAUACCAUGGCCUGCCACCAGGUAUAAAGUCUGCUCUGCAUAGCAAAUUAAAAUCUUUUCAGCUCAAGGAAGAGAUGACUGUUCCACAAAUCAAAGGGGAAUUGGAGAAAACUCUUCAGUGGCUUGUCCCUAUGGCCACCAACACAACAAAGGCCCACCAUGGUUUCGGUUGGGUUGGAGAAUGGGCAAAUACAGGGUCUGAGUUGAGCCGAGCUGCCCUGCCUGAUUUACUUCGGAUAGAAACACUCCAUCACGCAGAUAAGGAGAAAACAGAAGCUUACAUUCUUGAUUUGGCAGUGUUGCUUCAUCAUCUUAUCAGCCAAUCGAGGGCUGCUAAUGUUGGAUUUAGAUCUCCGGUAAAAUCCCCAGUUCGCUUCCCUAACCAGAAGACAGUUCAGUUGUCGACAGACAAGCCGAGCUCGCCAUCUUCUGCUGCUUUAACAGUUGAGGACCACGAGAUGCUCCGAGACGUAAGCAAAAGAAAACUGACACCUGGAAUAAGUAAGAGUCAGGAAUUCGAUACUGCAAAAACGAGAUUUUGCAAGCACCACAGGCUGAGUAAAAGUAAUAGUCAUUCCCCAACAAGUGAAACCAAGAAAGAUCCUUUCCCUAUUAGAAGGCCAUCUUCUGUUCCCAUCAUUAACUUCGACAUUGACCGGAUCAAAGCGCUGGACGUCAUUGAUCGAGUGGACACAAUUUAAAGAUCACAAGAAAAUGUUCCAUUAUCCGUCACCCGAAGAGCUUGUUGUCUUCACCGGUCAUUUAACCGGGAUAAAAAAUCACGGCUGGAUUAUGUUGUUUGUUGAAGAUUAAGAAUUGUCUUUGUUUACUGUUUUGCUUGUGAAUUUGAGAAAUGAAAUGAGUUGGGGUGGGGAGAAUAUUGAUUGCUUGGAAAGAGUACUUAGGCAUUAGUUUUAAUUAGUAUGUGUACAGAAUGCUCUUAUAGUUUUCCUAAUAAUUAUCGUUCCUUUUUAGGUUUUGGUCUGUUCUCUUCAGAAUCUUUGUAAUGUAGGAUUAUGAUUAAUGUCAUCAUGUCUUGAUUCUC